AUGACAAUGACCACAGGCACGAGCACGACUCCCACGGCCACGACCACGUCAGCCACAUGGACCAGUAGCCUUACUGCAAGCACUACAACCUGGACGAGCACAAGUGAAACCAACACUAGUGCGACCUCGAUCACCAUGACCGCCACCAGCACGUCGACGUCUGCCACGGGGACCAGCACCCAGACUGUCAGCACAAUGAGUUGGACGAGUACAGGCACAAACACCACGACGACUACCAGCACUGGCACCUCGGUCACCAUGACUAUCACGUCUGUCACGAGGACUAGCACCCAGACUGUCAGCAGCACGAGUUGGACGAACACAAGCACAACAUCCAUAUCGUCCACUAUCACUUCUAUUACCAGCAGUCUGACGUCUGUGACAGGGACCAGUACCGUGACGCUGACCUCCGAAAGCUGGACGAGUUUCAGCACAACCAGCACGUCAACAUUCACCACCAGCCGAACCUCGCUUAGCACUUCUGCUACCAGCACAUCUGCGACACAUACCAGCACCCAGACUGUGACCACAAGAUCUUGGACGAGUCUGAGCACAACGAGCACCAGCAGAACUUCGCUCAGCACCUCCAUCACCAGUUUGUCCACAACUGCCACGGAGACCAGCACCCAGACUGCAACCACUUUGAGUUGGACGAGUACAAGCACAAGCAUCACGACGACAGCCAGCACUGUCACCUCGGUCACCAUGACUAUCACGUCUGCCACGGGGACUAGCACCCAGACUGCCAGCACCACGAGUCGGACGAGUGCCAGUGUCAUCGCGUCACGAUGA